CAACAACACACCACAACUCCCUUCUCCUCCUCCUCCUUCUUCUUCUCUCUCAGAAAAGAAAACACUUCCAGAAAACACUUUCCGAAAAUACUUUCCAAAAACACUUUCCAAAAACACUUUCACCCUUCAUUUCCCAUGGCAGAAACCAGCAUCUUCAGGAACCAAAACCAGCCUUUCAACAUCUCACACUCAGCACCGCCUCCUCUCUCCAUGCACAGAGAUUCCCAGGCGAUAUCGAAACCAAAGCCGAAAAUCCGAAUAAUUCACAUAUUCGCCCCGGAAAUCAUCAAAACGGACGUAGAAAAUUUCCGGGAGCUCGUGCAGAGACUCACCGGAAAGCCGGCUCACGAUCUUCAACAAAAGAAAAAGUCUUGCAACAAGAUGAAGAAACAAAGAGCUCCAAGAAAAGAUCAAGAAAAUCCAAGAACGAAUAAUAACAAUUCGAGGAGCGUUCAUGAAAAUCAGUUGCAGGAGGGGAAGAAAAUGGCGAGAAGUGGUUGUUCUUCAGGGUUUCAUGGAGUUAAAGAAGAAGAAGAAGAAGAAGUAGAAGAAGGAGUUAUGUGGAGCAACAAUGGCGGAUAUUUGAAUGGAUUCUCAGAUUUUGAAGGGUUUAUGCAUGAACUUGGAGAAUUUCCAUUGAUGCCUCUGCAUGCCUUUGAAGAAACUCAAUUUGCAUAAUUUUUUUCUUUUUUUAAAAUUUUUGGUUUAAUUUUCAGAUGAAUGUGUUUAACUAAUU